CAAUCGCAGGGAUGGAUGAGCAGCCUGUCGGCGGCGGCGGACAGGCGCAGACGUUUGAAGAGCUGCUGGAGCGAGAGCUCAAGGCAGCGAAACACCCACCUGCCCAACAACAGCAAGCACAACGACAGGGUCACGCACCACACCAGCAGCAGCCUCAGACAAGGAGCACAUCAUCAGGCGCUCAGCAAGGCAGGGCUGGCAAGCGCCCUUUCUUACGCCGUGGCUCGGGGCUCAAGAAGUUUGGAAACGCCUCUGCGCUGACCAUCCGCGGAGCAGCCGGCGUCAAGAAACAGAACAAAGGGCAGGCAGAGGAUGCAGCUGACGAUGAAGACGACAUUCGCCAACACAAGCGAACCCAGGGAACAACACACCAGCCACCAUCUGCAUCAACACAGCCACGUGUAGCGCGUCCGACUAGUGGCAGAGGGCGGCCUGCUGCAUCCGGGAAGCCACCUGCUUCAAAUCCCCCACCGCGACAGCAGCAGCCACGGGGCCGUGCUAUUCACGAACCACCACGCCACGAUGAAUCACAGCCCUUUGCAGACCAUCUCCAGCCCACGCCCGCGCACCACGACACGUCUCUGCUUGACGACAUUUCAGAGACAUCCUCCCUCUACACCAGCAGGACGCAGUGGGAGCAGCAGCAGGUGCAGGAAGAGGAAGAGCUGAAGGAGUUUGAGCAGAUUGAGAAAAUUGUCACGCCCGCAGCCGAGCGCCAGGACAUCUCGGUGUCUGCUCUGUCGCCCAACGUUGCAUCUCCCAUGAAGCGCGCCUUGCGCGCCGUCAACACCAGAGCAAACGCUGGCGAUGUGCGUACAAGCACAGGCGCGCGCACACACACGCGCAGCGGCAUCACGACCCACAACCAUCAGGGUGCCAUGGGAUUCCACCGUUCGCAGGCCACAGUGCCGUCGCCAAGCGCGAUGGCAACCAUCGCAUCCCUCUCGUCCCUCUCCGAGGUUGUUCUCGGACCAGCAGGGGCAACAACAGCAACAGCAAGAGCAGCCAUGGCAGCCAACGAGGCACCUCCAUCAGCACCAGCGCCAUCAUCAUCGUUGUUGACUGGAGGCUCGCUGGCAGCCGCUGUCAGCCGUCGCCGACACGUGUGGCGGCAGCACGGAACAGCCCUGGCAGGGAGAGGUGGUGGGGUGCGUGCCAGUGGCAGUGAUGGUGGUGAUGAUGAUGUUUGUGAUGUUGGUGAUAUGGUUGGGCAAGUAGGAAGUGGCCAGGGUUUGCCGCAUGUGUUGCUUGCAGGCAAUGGCGAGCGUGUGGCGAGUGCGCGAGUGGUUGGGAGGCCGAUUCACGCCCACGGCCGCGAUGGUGGUGGACAUGGUAACGGAGAAGGAGAUGGACUGGACAGCGAUGGUGAAUCUGAUGUGACCAUCACGGGACACAACGUUCAUGAUGAUGAUGAGGAUGUUGAUGAAGAUGAUGAUGAUGGUCGCGGUAUUGGGGUGCGUGGCAGUAGUGGUCGGGCCGUGGAUGUGCGUGGCGAUGAGGAGGAGGACUGGGGAGAGUUGAGCGAUGCUGAGGACAACCACGAAGAUGAUGAUGGUGAUGAUGACGACGGUGAUGGUGGUGAUGGUGAUGGUGGCGAUGAUGUUCUGCGCGCUGACGCUACAUCACAUGAUGGCCAUGGGGAUGAUGAUGGCGAUGGUGUGGAUGCAUCACCACCCCCGGUGUCGUCGCUCGUACAGCGGCUGUAUCACAAUCGCCGUCACAACAGCAGCAGCAAUAACAGGAGCAGUACGCGGCGGCAGUACACACAACAGCAACGUGAGCGAAGUGGGCGUGGAGGUGAUGGUGAUGCUGGUGAUGGUGAUGAUGGCAGCAGUAUUGGCGGUGGCAAUGACAGGAAUAGUAGCAAUCAUGUUGGUGGCGGCGGCGGCGGUUGGAUGAAGAAAGGGUCACCGCGGUUGAAGAGCCAUCAUGGCGCCGCGAAAACAACCAACGACAAUCAACACCAACAACAACAACAACACCAACAACAACAACAACAACAACAACACCACCAACAACAACAACAACAACAACACCAACAGCAACAACAACAGCUCCAGCAACAGGGACGAGGUGGAGGAGGAGGAGGAGGAGAGGACACAUCGUCUGGGGCUGUGGAUGACGUCAUUGCUGCGAAACUGCAGCAGCUCGAUGACGAAAUCAGGCGGUUCCGGAUGGAGACGGAGGCGGCGUCGCGCGCGAAAUUUGAAUUUGAGGACAAAUUGCGGCAUUUGGACAAAGAAGUGGAGGAGUUUGAGCGCCAGCGGCAGAAGGAAAUGGACGACUUUCAGGCAUACAAGGAACGGGAAACGGCAAAGUUGAAGAAGGAGAAGCGAAUCUUCCAAUCCCACCGGCAGGCGAUGCGCGAGAUGCCAAACAAGAAGGACCGGGAGACGAUUGCGGCAUUGGAGGAGGAAAUUCAGCGUUUAACGGAGCAGCUGGAGGCGCAGGACCGCCGAAACGCCUCGUCACGGCGGCGCCUGGAGGAGAGAAUACAGAGCCUGCAGGCAGAGAACGAGCAGUUGCAGGAGGAGCUGCUGUUCAUGGAGCGAGAGCGCGUGGCACGAGGACAGGCGCCAAGACGGCACCAACAACCGCAGCAGCAGCAACAGCAGCAGCACGAUGGCGCUCAGCCAAGGCAGCCACAGCAGCAGCAACAGCGACCAAAGUCCUCCAUUCCACAGCCGGACGCCGCAUCCGCCUCGACUGCAAGGACAGGCGGCAAAACAAGCAGUGCCGGUGGCAGUGAUAGCAGUGAUGGUGCGGGAAGAAGACAGCACAGACAGCAGAGGGGAGGGAAGGGGAUUGCAAAUCACAGUGAUGAUGAUGGCGAUGGCAAUGAUGAGCACAAGCACGGGCGUGAUGCUGAUGGUGGCGGUGAUGCGAAGAAGCGGCGAGCGCCCGAGGCAGAGGAGAUGAACGGGUUUGCGGACAGCUCAAAGGACCACAAAGGAGCACGUGGUGGUGUAGGUGGAGAGGAGGCAACGACGACCACACCCACGAGUCCAGAGCACAAGCGUCGCAGCGGCGGUGGAAAAGUUGUGCGUGUGUUGGAGGAUGGAAGCACGGAGACCACAUUCAGGAAUGGCACCGUCAAGGUGACGCGUGCAGACGGGACUGUCUCCGUUUCGUUCUUCAACGGCGAUUCAAAGGACGUGGAGCUUGACGGAACCGUUGUGUACCGCUAUCACGAGGCGCAGACAACGCACAUCACGAAACCAGACGGAAGCGAAACGUUUGAGUUUGCAAACGGACAAGUGGAGAAGCACCACGCAAACGGCGUCAAGGAGAUUCAGUUCCCCGACGGUACGACCAAGUUCAUCUUCAACGACAGCGAGGAGGAGACGGUGUUUUCGGAUGGAACAAUUCUCCGCAUCACCGUCAACGGCGACAAGGUCAUCGACUUUCCUGAUGGGCGACACGAGGUCCACACCAAGGCGUUUUCAAAACGGAGAUAUCCUGACGGGACAGUGAAGAUCGUCUAUCCAGACGGACGACAGGAGACGCAAUACCGCGACGGGCGGGUUCGCAUCAAGGACCGGUCUGGCACCGUAUUGGUGGACACGGCGGCAUGACGACGACGACGACGACGAUGCUGCCGCUGCUGCGGCUGCUGCUGCUGCUGAUGAUAAUGCUGAUGUUGCUCCUGCUGCUGCUGCUGAUGAUGUUGUUGGUGAAGAAGGGUUGAGGCGUUGUGUUGGCCGCGAUUGGCGGAGCACCACAGCGUGUGGUGCAGGGUGUCGAUAGGGGCUUAUAUCCGACGUUCUGCUGUCAAUAUUGCGUGAUGUUAUGUUGUGUGACAUGAUGUGAUGUUCUUUUUACAUUACCUCACUCCCUUUUUCGAAGCCUUUGCGUCUCGUGUUCAUAGCUCACUGUACAUUCAAGCAAGCGUGUGGGAAGAGAGAAGGG